UGAAAUCAGCUAAGAGAGUCCGUCAGAUCGGUGAGCUAAAGCGCCGUUUGUUGUUCUUCCUCGUUCUCUGCGACGCGUUCUCUCUCAAUCUCACAAAAUCGCAGAUCUCUGGAGUCUGUGCCCGUUUAUGCUGAAUUUCUAGGGUUUCCGUCCUGAUAUUCGUUUGAUUUCGUCUUCAACUUCUUAUCACUAACCGUGUGUAGCAGCUUGAGAUACUUAUAUCAGAGGUUGCCAUGAGGUGCAACGCCUGCUGGAGGGAAUUGGAGGGCCGGGCCAUUGCCACAACAUGUGGUCACUUAUUAUGCACUGAAGAUGCCACCAAGAUUCUAAGUAAUGAUGGGGCAUGUCCCAUUUGUGAUCAAGUGCUCUCCAAGAGUCUAAUGAAACCUGUGGAUACCAACCCAAAUGAAGAAUGGAUAAACAUGGCGAUGGCUGGAAUUUCUCCACAAAUACUGAUGAAGAGUGCAUACCGAAGCGUAAUGUUUUACAUUUCGCAAAGAGACUUAGAGAUGCAGUACAAGAUGAAUAGAGUUGUCGCACAGUGUCGUCAGAAAUGUGAGGGUAUGCAAGCAAAGUUUAGCGAGAAAAUGGAGCAGGUGCAUACAGCUUACCAGAAGAUGGGCAAGAGGUGUCAGAUGAUGGAGCAAGAGGUAGAAAACUUGACCAAGGAUAAACAAGAGCUCCAAGAGAAGUUCUCCGAGAAAUCUAGACAGAAAAGGAAGCUUGAUGAGAUGUAUGACCAGUUAAGAAGCGAGUAUGAGUCAGUCAAACGCACAGCAAUACAGCCUGCAAACAAUUUCUACCCACGACACCACGAACCUGACUUUUUCUCAAACCCACCAGUUAACAUGAUGGAGAACAGAGAGCCCACUCGCAAAGACCGGUCGUUUUACUCUCCUGCAACACCAGGACCUAAAGAUGAGAUAUGGCCAGCAAGACAGAACAGUUCAAACUCGGGUCCAUUUGACAUCUCCAACGACUCACCCGCAAUUCCAAGUGACGUUGGAAACAGAAGAGCAGGAGGAGGACAUCCUGUUUUUGGUGGUGGUGGCACUUCUAAUCCCCAAUCAACACUACGAAACCUUAUCCUCUCCCCUAUCAAACGCUCUCAGCUCUCUCGUUCCCGCCCUCAACUGUUCACGUUAUAGCCUAGCGAUCAAGUUCAAGUGUUUUGAACCUGCCUUGGUGGAAUCCCUAAUGGUCCCAACCAGUACGUGACUCUUCGUUUUUAUAAUGUCUUAGAAGGGAAAAUGUAGGAUUUGAGAAAAGGAAAAACUCUC